AGUAUUAUUCUUUACGACUUGCUUAGUGGAAGAUAUGUGUUUAGUUCAACAAAUUCAUUGAAGUAGUAUUGUAAUUUGUAAUUAUAAUAAGUAUAAAAUUAUAAAUAAAAUGUUGCAAUCGUUGCGAAUUACCGGAAUAAGGCUACAAGUAAUAAUAUCAUUGUGUUUAUAUGUAGGCCCGAUAGUAGCUGGCUACGCGGGAAGUUGGUCGGGACCUGUGAUACCGAAACUACGUGACCUUGAACAGUCCCCGUUCCCGUAUCUGCUGACUGAGACACAACUGGCCCUAGUCGGAAGUUUCGCUUACUUGGGAGCAAUACCAGGUCCAUAUAUUACCACUUGGAUAUCAAACACGAAAGGCAGAAAGCCUUGUCUGAUAGCGAGCGCUGUGUUUGCAGUAUUGGGUUUUAUUCUCCUGACAACAACACAAAAUUUGGUGAUGCUGUAUUUUGGUAGAUUUUUAGGAAGCGUCUCGUUUGGUACUACUACAGUAGUGAGUUUUGUUUACAUCGGUGAAAUUGCAUCUCCUAACAUUCGAGGAAUCCUGUUGUCCAUUAUUGGAGCAAUGUUCACGGUUGGUUCUAUAUUAGCAUUUUCUUCUGGACCAUACAUUUCGUAUCAUGGAACAAGUUACAUUGGUCUGGCUCUGAGUAUAUUUCAACUUCUUGCUGUGUUAUGGAUACCAGAGUCACCAAUUUUCUAUGCAUUAAAGGGUCAAGACAAAGAACUAAUUAAGGUAUUACAAGACUUAGGCAGACCUCAGGAUGCAGAGAAGUUGCUAAAAAUGAGGAAAGAAAUGAUAGAGACGAAUACUAAGAAAGAGUGGAUGGAUUUAUUUUCUGUCAAAAGUAACAGAAAAGCAUUAUUUAUAGUUGUAGUUAUAAAUGUUUUACAACAUGGCAGCGGUGUUAUGGCUAUGCUGUUUUUUUCUGCGGCCAUUUUUGAGAUGGCUGGAUCAUCGAUACCGCCGAAUAUUGCGAUGGUUAUAAUUGGAUGUUGUCAACUAAUGGGCAGUACAGUGACUCCAUUCUUUGUCGAAACCACUGGAAGAAAAAGGAUUUUAAUUAUAUCAAGUGCAAUGUGUUCUUUGAGUAUGUUCACACUUGGUUUAUACUUCUACUUAGACCUCAUAGGAAAUCCUAUUGUGAAUAAUUUAAAGUGGUUACCAUUGGUGGUGCUCAUCUUGUUCUAUAUUAGUUACGAUUCUGGUCUUGGUAUAAUUCCAAAUACAUUAAUGGGAGAAAUGUUUACAACCAACGUGAGAAGCAAGGGUUCAACUGUGACAAUGACGACAUCAUGGCUGUGUGGGUUUCUAGUGUCAACCGCCUUCGGUGCACUGUUGGAGACCGUCGGCGGUCAUGUAGCGUUCUGGUUCUUCUCGUGUGUAUGCGCUUGCGCAGUCGUAUUUACUAUAUUCUUCGUACCAGAGACAAAAGGAAAGACUUUGUUGGAGAUUCAGGAGGCUUUAUGAUCUUAUUAGUUAAAUAAGACAAAAGGAAAGACUUUGCUGGAGAUCCAAGAAGCUUUAUCAUAAGUUUUACAA